UAGGCCCCAAAAACCCUAGUAAGGGGUGAGAGGGGUUUAUAACGUGAACGUUGGCUUCACUUGCAUUACUUGACGCCCAAACGCCACCAUGAUAAGCGGAGGCCAAAACUACGUUUCUUCCGCUCCCGUCUUCUCCAACGACGCCAAGCGCCUACUCGUCUGCACCGGCUCCACCGUCUCCGUCUUCAGCACCGCCACCGGCUCCCGCGUUUCCUCCCUCGAAGGCCACUCCGGCCCCGUCACCGCCCUCGUCGUGGUCCCCGACUCCUCCACCCUCCUCUCCUUCUGCUGGACCGCUUCCGUCGACGGCACCAUUCGCCACUGGGACUUCUCCGUUCCCGAAUGUGUUAAGAUUAUUGACCUUCACUUCCCCGUCUUCUCAAUGGUGGUGCCUUCGUUACUGUCUCCGCGGGAAGAAAACGACGCGAAGACGAGGCCUGAUGUUUUUGCUUACGUGUCUGUUCAGAAUCCGAAUGCAGAGGCCAAUUGUCUAUCACCUCGUUGUGGACAGAUCAGGAAGUGUAAUUUGACAAAUUUUCACGCUGUUAGCAGCUUAAUCCUGAAAGAGACUGAACGACCAGAAUCUUUAACCAUUAGUCCCUCUGGAAAAUUUCUGGGUAUAAAAGACAAGCGGAAACUUCAUAUAUGGAAAGUUCCUAAAGUGGACUCUGACUCUGCCGUGUCUAAGAAGAUUACCCUGCAUCAUUCAAAGACAAUUACAGUUCUUGCACUCCAUCCAAUGGAGAGAAUUGUGGCUGCUGGUGAUGUAACCGGAAGAAUUUUAAUUUGGAGAGGAUUUGGUGCUCAGAAGUUCAUGCACAGUGGUGGGCUAGUGAAUGGAAGAUCAACAAACGAUGAGGAAGAUAAGCCUGGGGUAAGGGAAAAUGAUGAUGCUGAAUCAUGCUCCACUUGGCAUUGGCACCCUUCUGGAGUGAGGCUUCUGUCUUUCUCUUCAGAUGGAGCCUACCUCUACUCAGGUGGGAAGGAAGGAGUUCUUGUGCUUUGGCAGUUAGACACGGGAAAAAAGAAUUUUUUACCAAGAAUUGGAUCUCCACUUCUGUAUUUUGUAGAUUCUCCCGAUCCAUCACUUUCCUCAAUAUCUUGUGCAGAUAAUCAAAUUCAUAUAUUGAAGAUGCCUUCAAUGGAAAUAAUAAGGUCUAUUUCUGGGAUCAAGCCUUGUUUAUCUUCGCAAGAUAUAUGUGAAGGUCUUUGCAGCCGAGCUGCCUUUGACUACACUUCUGGUUUAGUGGCUGUACAAACAGAGAACUAUGGCAUCCAAUUCUACAGCUUGUUUGCUAAUCGUGGACUUUAUGAGGUUCAAGUCUGUGAAAGAAAUCAUCAACCAGUUGAUGAGGUCACGGUGGUGGUGAGCUUGGUGGAGCUGUCUGUUGAUGGCUCUAUGAUGGGUACAGUUGAAGUCAAGCUUCCUGAAGAUGGAGUGGGAGGUCUUGUUUGUCUGAAGUUUUGGGAUUUGGAUGAUAACAAGAGAUUUUCAGUAUCGACUCUUAUUUAUGAACCUCACAGGGAUGCUCAUAUUUCUGCUAUUGCUUUCAAUCCAACUCGUCGUAUGGCUGUCAGCUUAUCCUAUGGUGGAGAUUUCAAGAUAUGGGUCUGCAAAGAAGAGAUUAAGCAAAAAGGCCAGAUGCUUCAGAAUUCUGGUUGGAUGUGUCACGCUGUUGGGUCAUACAAAAAUAAAGCCAUGAGAGCUGCUGCUUUUUCAGCUGAUGGAUCUGUGCUGGCAGUUGCAGCAGACAAUGUUAUUACAUUGUGGGAUCCUAAUAAUAAUGUGCUUGUUGCUGUUGUAGGAGAAACUCUGAUGCCUAUAACGAGCCUUGGCUUUGCUGGAAAAUCAUAUUACCUUGUGUCUGUAUGUCAUGGUUCAAAACCACAGCUGUCUGUUUGGAGUAUGUCGAGGCUUGCUGCAUUUUGGUCAUACAAAAUCCAAAUAGAAGCUGUCUCCUUUACAAUAGAUUUUUCAUAUUUUGCUGUCCUUGCUCUCCUUCCUGAAUCAAAUGAAUAUGCAUUUAAAGGAGAUGGAAUAAUCUUAUUAUUCAAUGUGACAAAUCCAACUCCCAUGGCUUCCUGGUCUGUAACUAAGGCCAAAGGAGGGGGGCUUGCUUUUCUAAAAGGAUAUCCAUCUGAACAAUUACAGUCACUGCUUGCAUAUAUAAAUGGUGAUCGUGAAUAUGUCAUCUUUCAUCCACAUAGCAAAGAAGCCUUUGAGCUUAGUAGGAUUAGGCAGGAUGAUCAUGUGUUGGAAGAAACAGGACAAUUUGGAUACACGUCAAUUUAUGGAGAGCUACCCAAGUUUGAUCCAAAAAGGAAUCUGACUUCAUCAAUUUCAUCUGCUGCUUCCGAGAGGCCUUGGGAGACCAUAUUUAGUGGAUCAUCACAUAUGUUGCCACCCCUCACUAAGUUGUGCUCGGAAUUUUUGGAGUCCCUGCUGGAGAAAAAGACACCAACUGUAGAAUGACGGUAUGACACAUUUCAUGCAUGGAACUCCGUCAAGGAAUGAUAUUUGUUUCUUUGAUGCCACUCAGAAGAUCUCAAGAUGCACAAGAACCGGGCUUGAAGUUAAGAUAUUUGUAUGUUCCCUCCAAGACUGGUGUUACACUACCUUCUACUUGCUGCAGGUUGAUCUGGCAUUAGCAAUUUGCCAUUUUCACGUGAUGGGAACUGCUUGUCAAAUUUGCUGAUGCAGGAAAAGAUUGGACAACAAAAGAUUUCAGCUUUAAGUGGUUGGUUAGAUGGCUUAAUAUACCUGAGAUGUUCGUUUCCCCUCUAAAACCCGAUUUUGCCUUGUUAGUUAUCUCUAGUUAUAUUCUUUAAUUAUCAAUUCUUGGAUGGGCCCAAAUUUUGACAGUAAUGAAAUGGUAGGUUUCAGUGUAGCAAUGUUGUAAACUUGUAAUCAAUGUCAAUGAGUCUAGGUAGUAUAGCGGUGAAUGCUAGGGAGCUACAGUUCCUAUGUCUUGAUAUUAUGAAUUGUGAUCAUAAAUAUAUAGUGAUAAUUUGCUUUUGCCCUCUA